UUUGCCUGGUGUGUGCAUCUUUUCAUCCUGCUUAUUGCCACUAUGAGUUGUAGAGGCAGAGGAAGAGGAAGAGGAAGAGGAAGGGGUCAUCAUGACCACAGCCCUGACAGGAGGCCGAUUUCUGAAGAAGGCCAAACCCUUCCCGUUAUGGAGCAAUCGAAAAUUGAAUGCACGGGGGGCAUGCAUUUAACCAUCCCACAUGAAGUUUCAAAUCCAGUCAUCCAGCCUAGCAUUCCCUACGUUGGACCAAUAGCUGGAGGAAUAAGACCAGGAAUGCGACUGCAUGUCGAAGGGGCUGUUCCACCUAAUGCCAAACAGUUUCAAAUAAAUUUCAAAACAGGGGUAAAAGAUUCUGAUGAUGUCGCUUUUCAUUUCAACCCCCGGAUCGGUCAGUACGUAUACAUGAACAUCUUCAGAAAUGGGAAAUGGCAGAAGGAGGAAUUGGGUCCUCAUGAGCCCUUUGUGAAAGGCGCAGCCUUUAAAUUACUGUUUCUCAUCAAUAAGGAUUUCUAUGAGGUCCAUGUGAAUGGAGUGCGUCUCUACACCUUCAAUCACCGCAUUCCUUUAGAGAGCGUUACUACACUUGCAAUAAUAGGAGAUGUUUCAAUACACUGGUUGGGUUUUGAAGAUUGGAGCCAAACAUUCACCAGCACCUUCAUCAUCCCAUCUGAGGUUUCAAAUCCAGACAUCCAGCCUACCAUUCCCUAUGUCAGACCAAUAGCUGGAGGUAUAAGACCAGGAAUGCGACUGCAUGUUGAAGGGGCUGUUCCUCCUAAUGCUAAACAGUUUCAAAUAAAUUUCAAAACAGGAGCAAAAGAUUCUGAUGAUGUCGCUUUUCAUUUCAACCCCCGGAUCGGUCAGUACGUAUACAUGAACAUCUUCAGAAAUGGGAAAUGGCAGAAGGAGGAAUUGGGUCCUCAUGAGCCCUUUGUGAAAGGCGCAGCCUUUAAAUUACUGUUUCUCAUCAAUAAGGAUUUCUAUGAGGUCCAUGUGAAUGGAGUGCGUCUCUACACCUUCAAUCACCGCAUUCCUUUAGAGAGUGUUACUACACUUGCAAUAAUAGGAGAUGUUUCAAUACACUGGAUGGGUUUUGAAGAUUGGAGCCAAACAUUCACCAGCACCUUCAUCAUCCCAUCUGAGGUUUCAAAUCCAGACAUCCAGCCUACCAUUCCCUAUGUCAGACCAAUAGCUGGAGGUAUAAGACCAGGAAUGCGACUGCAUGUUGAAGGGGCUGUUCCUCCUAAUGCUAAACAGUUUCAAAUAAAUUUCAAAACAGGGGUAAAAGAUUCUGAUGAUGUCGCUUUUCAUUUCAACCCCCGGAUCGGUCAGUACGUAUACAUGAACAUCUUCAGAAAUGGGAAAUGGCAGAAGGAGGAAUUGGGUCCUCAUGAGCCCUUUGUGAAAGGCGCAGCCUUUAAAUUACUGUUUCUCAUCAAUAAGGAUUUCUAUGAGGUCCAUGUGAAUGGAGUGCGUCUCUACACCUUCAAUCACCGCAUUCCUUUAGAGAGUGUUACUACACUUGCAAUAAUAGGAGAUGUUUCAAUACACUGGAUGGGUUUUGAAGAUUGGAGCCAAACAUUCACCAGCACCUUCAUCAUCCCAUCUGAGGUUUCAAAUCCAGACAUCCAGCCUACCAUUCCCUAUGUCAGACCAAUAGCUGGAGGUAUAAGACCAGGAAUGCGACUGCAUGUUGAAGGGGCUGUUCCUCCUAAUGCUAAACAGUUUCAAAUAAAUUUCAAAACAGGACCAAAAGAUUCUGAUGAUGUCGCUUUUCAUUUCAACCCCCGGAUCGGUCAGUACGUAUACAUGAACAUCUUCAGAAAUGGGAAAUGGCAGAAGGAGGAAUUGGGUCCUCAUGAGCCCUUUGUGAAAGGCGCAGCCUUUAAAUUACUGUUUCUCAUCAAUAAGGAUUUCUAUGAGGUCCAUGUGAAUGGAGUGCGUCUCUACACCUUCAAUCACCGCAUUCCUUUAGAGAGCGUUACUACACUUGCAAUAAUAGGAGAUGUUUCAAUACACUGGAUGGGUUUUGAAAAAAGGAAAGUUCCUACUUUGUUCAAAGAGAGCAAAGUUAUACUGAUGGGAAGCGGAAGCUGGACAUUCAUCCCAUUAGAGAUUUCUUACCUGAUCAGCAACCCAGCACUGCCAUAUGUGGGUGAAAUCCCAGGAGGGAUAAAACAAGAUAUAGCUGUAGUUUUCCAAGGAACUGUUCCUGCAGAUGCAAAAAGCUUUGGAAUAAAUUUCAAAACGGGGCCCUCUGAUGGCGAAGACAUCGCUUUUCACUACAGCCCUCGCUUUGGUGAUCAUACCACCCUGAACAGCUUCAGAAACGGAAGCUGGGAGAAGCAGGAAACUGCCCCUGAUAAACCCUUCACCAGGGGAGGAGCCUUCAUAAUUCUUGUAGUCAUCAACUCUGAGGGCUAUGAGGUCUAUGUGAACGGUUUAAGACAUUGCACAUUCAAGCACCGCAUUCCUCUAGAGAAAGUGUCUGCAGUUAAUGUUUGGGGAAAUGUUUCCCUCCUCGUCUGUGGCUUUAUUGAAAGCUGGAGCACUACUUCAUCCUUUAGAGAGCUAAAGAAAAUCACAAGCACACAGAGCGUCACCUCGAGUUUGACGUCCUUGCCUUUAGAGAUUUCACAUCCUGUCACUAACCCUGCACUUCCCUAUGUGGGUAAAAUCCCAGGAGGGUUAAAACAAGACACAGCUAUAUUCUUACAAGGGACUGUUCUUGCAGAUGCAAAGAGGUUUGCAAUAAAUUUCAAAACGGGGCCCUCUGAUGGCGAUGACAUCGCUUUUCACUACAACCCCCGCAUUGGUGAUCGUACCGUCCUGAACAGCUUCAGAAAUGGAAGCUGGGAGACGCAGGAAACUGCACCUGAUAAACCCUUCACCAGGGGAGAAGCCUUCCAAAUCUUCAUUGCUGUCAAAUCACAUGGCUAUGAGGUCUACGUGAAUGGUUUAAAGCACUGCACGUUCAAGCACCGAAUUCCUCUAGACAAAGUUUCAGCACUUAGUUUUGAUGGAGAUGUUUCUCUCCUCAUAUCUGGUUUUAUUCAUAAAUGGACGUGUCCUUCUUUGUUCAUCAAAGAGAAGAAAUCUUUACUGAUGGGAAGUGGAACCUCAAGAUUUAUCCCAUUGGAGAUCUGUAAUCCAAUCAGCAGCCCAGCACUGCCAUAUGUGGGUGAAAUCCCAGGAGGGAUAAAACAAGAUAUAGCUGUAGUUUUCCAAGGAACUGUUCCUGCAGAUGCAAAGAGCUUUGAAAUAAAUUUCAAAACGGGGCCCUCUGAUGGUGAAGACAUCGCUUUUCACUACAGCCCUCGCUUUGGUGAUCAUACCACCCUGAACAGCUUCAGAAACGGAAGCUGGGAGAAGCAGGAAACUGCACCUGAUAAACCCUUCACCAGGGGAGGAGCCUUCAUAAUUCUUGUAGUCAUCAACUCUGAGGGCUAUGAGGUCUAUGUGAACGGUUUAAGACAUUGCACAUUCAAGCACCGCAUUCCUCUAGAGAAAGUGUCUGCAGUUAACGUUUGGGGAAAUGUUUCCCUCCUCGUCUGUGGCUUUAUUGAAAGCUGGAGCACUACUUCAUCCUUUAGAGAGCUAAAGAAAAUCACAAGCACACAGAGCGCCACCUCGAGUUUGACGUCCUUGCCUUUAGAGAUUUCACAUCCUGUCACUAACCCUGCACUUCCCUAUGUGGGUAAAAUCCCAGGAGGGUUAAAACAAGACACAGCUAUAUUCUUACAAGGGACUGUUCUUGCAGAUGCAAAGAGGUUUGCAAUAAAUUUCAAAACGGGGCCCUCUGAUGGCGAUGACAUCGCUUUUCACUACAACCCCCGCAUUGGUGAUCGUACCGUCCUGAACAGCUUCAGAAAUGGAAGCUGGGAGACACAGGAAACUGCACCUGAUAAACCCUUCACCAGGGGAGAAGUCUUCCAAAUCUUCAUUGCUGUCAAAUCACAUGGCUAUGAGGUCUACGUGAAUGGUUUAAAGCACUGCACGUUCAAGCACCGAAUUCCUCUAGACAAAGUUUCAGCACUUAGUUUUGAUGGAGAUGUUUCUCUCCUCAUAUCUGGUUUUAUUCAUAAAUGGACGUGUCCUUCUUUGUUCAUCAAAGAGAAGAAAUCUUUACUGAUGGGAAGUGGAACCUCAAGAUUUAUCCCAUUGGAGAUCUGUAAUCCAAUCAGCAGCCCAGCACUGCCAUAUGUGGGUGAAAUCCCAGGAGGGAUAAAACAAGAUAUAGCUGUAGUUUUCCAAGGGACUGUUCCUGCAGAUGCAAAAAGCUUUGAAAUAAAUUUCAAAACGGGGCCCUCUGAUGGUGAAGACAUCGCUUUUCACUACAGCCCUCGCUUUGGUGAUCAUACCACCCUGAACAGCUUCAGAAACGGAAGCUGGGAGAAGCAGGAAACUGCCCCUGAUAAACCCUUCACCAGGGGAGGAGCCUUCAUAAUUCUUGUAGUCAUCAACUCUGAGGGCUAUGAGGUCUAUGUGAACGGUUUAAGACAUUGCACAUUCAAGCACCGCAUUCCUCUAGAGAAAGUGUCUGCAGUUAACGUUUGGGGAAAUGUUUCCCUCCUCGUCUGUGGCUUUAUUGAAAGCUGGAGCACUACUUCAUCCUUUAGAGAGCUAAAGAAAAUCACAAGCACACAGAGCGCCACCUCGAGUUUGACGUCCUUGCCUUUAGAGAUUUCACAUCCUGUCACUAACCCUGCACUUCCCUAUGUGGGUAAAAUCCCAGGAGGGUUAAAACAAGACACAGCUAUAUUCUUACAAGGGACUGUUCUUGCAGAUGCAAAGAGGUUUGCAAUAAAUUUCAAAACGGGGCCCUCUGAUGGCGAUGACAUCGCUUUUCUCUACAACCCUUGCAUUGGUGAUCGUACCGUCCUGAACAGCUUCAGAAAUGGAAGCUGGGAGACGCAGGAAACUGCACCUGAUAAACCCUUCACCAGGGGAGAAGCCUUCCAAAUCUUCAUUGCUGUCAAAUCACAUGGCUAUGAGGUCUACGUGAAUGGUUUAAAGCACUGCACGUUCAAGCACCGAAUUCCUCUAGACAAAGUUUCAGCACUUACUUUUGAUGGCGAUGUUUCUCUCCUCAUAUCUGGUUUUAUUCAUAAAUGGACGUGUCCUUCUUUGUUCAUCAAAGAGAAGAAAUCUUUACUGAUGGGAAGUGGAACCUCAAGAUUUAUCCCAUUGGAGAUCUGUAAUCCAAUCAGCAGCCCAGCACUGCCAUAUGUGGGUGAAAUCCCAGGAGGGAUAAAACAAGAUAUAGCUGUAGUUUUCCAAGGAACUGUUCCUGCAGAUGCAAAGAGCUUUGAAAUAAAUUUCAAAACGGGGCCCUCUGAUGGUGAAGACAUCGCUUUUCACUACAGCCCUCGCUUUGGUGAUCAUACCACCCUGAACAGCUUCAGAAACGGAAGCUGGGAGAAGCAGGAAACUGCACCUGAUAAACCCUUCACCAGGGGAGGAGCCUUCAUAAUUCUUGUAGUCAUCAACUCUGAGGGCUAUGAGGUCUAUGUGAACGGUUUAAGACAUUGCACAUUCAAGCACCGCAUUCCUCUAGAGAAAGUGUCUGCAGUUAACGUUUGGGGAAAUGUUUCCCUCCUCGUCUGUGGCUUUAUUGAAAGCUGGAGCACUACUUCAUCCUUUAGAGAGCUAAAGAAAAUCACAAGCACACAGAGCGCCACCUCGAGUUUGACGUCCUUGCCUUUAGAGAUUUCACAUCCUGUCACUAACCCUGCACUUCCCUAUGUGGGUAAAAUCCCAGGAGGGUUAAAACAAGACACAGCUAUAUUCUUACAAGGGACUGUUCUUGCAGAUGCAAAGAGGUUUGCAAUAAAUUUCAAAACGGGGCCCUCUGAUGGCGAUGACAUCGCUUUUCACUACAACCCCCGCAUUGGUGAUCGUACCGUCCUGAACAGCUUCAGAAAUGGAAGCUGGGAGACGCAGGAAACUGCACCUGAUAAACCCUUCACCAGGGGAGAAGUCUUCCAAAUCUUCAUUGCUGUCAAAUCACAUGGCUAUGAGGUCUACGUGAAUGGUUUAAAGCACUGCACGUUCAAGCACCGAAUUCCUCUAGACAAAGUUUCAGCACUUAGUUUUGAUGGAGAUGUUUCUCUCCUCAUAUCUGGUUUUAUUCAUAAAUGGACGUGUCCUUCUUUGUUCAUCAAAGAGAAGAAAUCUUUACUGAUGGGAAGUGGAACCUCAAGAUUUAUCCCAUUGGAGAUCUGUAAUCCAAUCAGCAGCCCAGCACUGCCAUAUGUGGGUGAAAUCCCAGGAGGGAUAAAACAAGAUAUAGCUGUAGUUUUCCAAGGGACUGUUCCUGCAGAUGCAAAAAGCUUUGAAAUAAAUUUCAAAACGGGGCCCUCUGAUGGUGAAGACAUCGCUUUUCACUACAGCCCUCGCUUUGGUGAUCAUACCACCCUGAACAGCUUCAGAAACGGAAGCUGGGAGAAGCAGGAAACUGCCCCUGAUAAACCCUUCACCAGGGGAGGAGCCUUCAUAAUUCUUGUAGUCAUCAACUCUGAGGGCUAUGAGGUCUAUGUGAACGGUUUAAGACAUUGCACAUUCAAGCACCGCAUUCCUCUAGAGAAAGUGUCUGCAGUUAACGUUUGGGGAAAUGUUUCCCUCCUCGUCUGUGGCUUUAUUGAAAGCUGGAGCACUACUUCAUCCUUUAGAGAGCUAAAGAAAAUCACAAGCACACAGAGCGCCACCUCGAGUUUGACGUCCUUGCCUUUAGAGAUUUCACAUCCUGUCACUAACCCUGCACUUCCCUAUGUGGGUAAAAUCCCAGGAGGGUUAAAACAAGACACAGCUAUAUUCUUACAAGGGACUGUUCUUGCAGAUGCAAAGAGGUUUGCAAUAAAUUUCAAAACGGGGCCCUCUGAUGGCGAUGACAUCGCUUUUCACUACAACCCCCGCAUUGGUGAUCGUACCGUCCUGAACAGCUUCAGAAAUGGAAGCUGGGAGACGCAGGAAACUGCACCUGAUAAACCCUUCACCAGGGGAGAAGCCUUCCAAAUCUUCAUUGCUGUCAAAUCACAUGGCUAUGAGGUCUACGUGAAUGGUUUAAAGCACUGCACGUUCAAGCACCGAAUUCCUCUAGACAAAGUUUCAGCACUUAGUUUUGAUGGAGAUGUUUCUCUCCUCAUAUCUGGUUUUAUUCAUAAAUGGACGUGUCCUUCUUUGUUCAUCAAAGAGAAGAAAUCUUUACUGAUGGGAAGUGGAACCUCAAGAUUUAUCCCAUUGGAGAUCUGUAAUCCAAUCAGCAGCCCAGCACUGCCAUAUGUGGGUGAAAUCCCAGGAGGGAUAAAACAAGAUGUAGCUGUAGUUUUCCAAGGGACUGUUCCUGCAGAUGCAAAGAGCUUUGAAAUAAAUUUCAAAACGGGACCCUCUGAUAGUGAAGACAUCGCUUUUCACUACAGCCCUCGCUUUGGUGAUCAUACCACCCUGAACAGCUUCAGAAACGGAAGCUGGGAGAAGCAGGAAACUGCCCCUGAUAAACCCUUCACCAGGGGAGGAGCCUUCAUAAUUCUUGUAGUCAUCAACUCUGAGGGCUAUGAGGUCUAUGUGAACGGUUUAAGACAUUGCACAUUCAAGCACCGCAUUCCUCUAGAGAAAGUGUCUGCAGUUAAUGUUUGGGGAAAUGUUUCCCUCCUCGUCUGUGGCUUUAUUGAAAGCUGGAGCACUACUUCAUCCUUUAGAGAGCUAAAGAAAAUCACAAGCACACAGAGCGCCACCUCGAGUUUGACGUCCUUGCCUUUAGAGAUUUCACAUCCUGUCACUAACCCUGCACUUCCCUAUGUGGGUAAAAUCCCAGGAGGGUUAAAACAAGACACAGCUAUAUUCUUACAAGGGACUGUUCUUGCAGAUGCAAAGAGGUUUGCAAUAAAUUUCAAAACGGGGCCCUCUGAUGGCGAUGACAUCGCUUUUCACUACAACCCCCGCAUUGGUGAUCGUACCGUCCUGAACAGCUUCAGAAAUGGAAGCUGGGAGACGCAGGAAACUGCACCUGAUAAACCCUUCACCAGGGGAGAAGCCUUCCAAAUCUUCAUUGCUGUCAAAUCACAUGGCUAUGAGGUCUACGUGAAUGGUUUAAAGCACUGCACGUUCAAGCACCGAAUUCCUCUAGACAAAGUUUCAGCACUUAGUUUUGAUGGCAAUGUUUCUCUCCUCAUAUCUGGUUUUAUUCAUAAAUGGACGUGUCCUUCUUUGUUCAUCAAAGAGAAGAAAUCUUUACUGAUGGGAAGUGGAACCUCAAGAUUUAUCCCAUUGGAGAUUUGUAAUCCAAUCAGCAGCCCAGCACUGCCAUAUGUGGGUGAAAUCCCAGGAGGGAUAAAACAAGAUAUAGCUGUAGUUUUCCAAGGGACUGUUCCUGCAGAUGCAAAAAGCUUUGCAAUAAAUUUCAAAACGGGGCCCUCUGAUGGUGAAGACAUCGCUUUUCACUACAGCCCUCGCUUUGGUGAUCAUACCACCCUGAACAGCUUCAGAAACGGAAGCUGGGAGAAGCAGGAAACUGCCCCUGAUAAACCCUUCACCAGGGGAGGAGCCUUCAUAAUUCUUGUAGUCAUCAACUCUGAGGGCUAUGAGGUCUAUGUGAACGGUUUAAGACAUUGCACAUUCAAGCACCGCAUUCCUCUAGAGAAAGUGUCUACAGUUAACGUUUGGGGAAAUGUUUCCCUCCUCGUCUGUGGCUUUAUUGAUAGCUGGAGCACUACUUCAUCCUUUACGGAACUAAAGAAAAUCACAAGCACACAGAGCGCAACCUCGAGUUUGACAUCUAUACCUUUAGAGAUUUCACAUCCUGUCAGUAACCCUGCACUUCCCUAUGUGGGUAACAUCCCAGGAGGGAUACAUCAAGACAGGGCUGUAUUCUUCCAAGGCACAGUUGCUGCAGAUGCAAAAGGCUUUGAAAUAAAUUUCCAAACGGGGCCAUCUGAUGGUGAUGACAUCGCUUUUCGCUACAACCCUCGCAUUGGUGAUUAUACCUCCCUGAACAGCUUCAGAAACGGAAGCUGGGAGAAGCAGGAAACUGCCCCUGAUAAACCCUUCACCAGGGGAGGACACUUCCAAAUUAUUGUAGGCAUCAACUCUGAGGGUUAUCAGGUCUUUGUGAAUGGUUUAAGUCACUGCACGUUCAAGCACCGCAUUCCUCUAGAGAAGGUUUCAACACUUGGUAUUCGUGGAGAUGUUUCCCAACUCAUAUGUGGUUUUAUACAUAACUGGAGUACUACUUCAUUCUUUACGGAACUUCAGAAAAUGACAAUCACAGAGUGUUCAUCCACAAGCUCGGAGUCCACACUUUUAGAGAUUUCACAUCCAAUCAGCAACCCAGCACUUCCCUAUGUGGGUGAAAUACCAGGAGGGAUUAAAGAAGACAUGGCUGUAUUCUUCCAAGGGUCUAUUCCUUCAGAAGCCAAAGGCUUUGAAAUAAAUUUCAAAACGGGGCCGUCUGAUGGCGAUGACAUCGCUUUUCACUACAACCCUCGCAUUGGUGAUUAUACCUCCCUGAACAGCUUCAGAAACGGAAGCUGGGAGACGCAGGAAACUGCAUCUGAUAAACCCUUCACCAGGGGAGGAGCCUUCCAAAUUAUUAUACCUAUCAACUCUGAGGGUUAUGAGGUCUAUGUGAAUGGCUUAAGGCGUUGUGUGUUUAAGCACCGCGUAUCUUUAGAGCAAGUUUCAACACUUGGCAUUCGUGGAGAUGUUUUAAUCUCGAUGUGUGCUUUUAUUUAUCAAUGGAGUACUUCUUCCAUCUUUACAGAAAUAAAGAAAAUCCAAAGCACACAGUCCUCAACCUCGACAACCAUCACUCUAGAGGUUUCACAUCCAAUCAGCAACCCUGCAAUUCCCUAUGUAGGAAAAAUUCCAGUAGUGGUAAAGCAAGACAUGGCUGUACUUUUUCAAGGGAAUGUUCUUGAAAAUGCCAAUGGCUUUGAAAUAAAUUUCAAAACAGGGCCAUCUGAUGGCGAAGACAUCGCUUUUCGCUACAACCCUCGCAUUGGUGAUCAUACCUCCCUGAACAGCUUCAGAAACGGAAGCUGGGAGACACAGGAAACUGCACCUGAUAAACCCUUCACCAGGGGAGGAGCCUUCCAAAUUAUUGUUGUCUUUAAAUCGGAGGGCUAUGAGGUUUAUGCGAAUAACCUGAGCCACUGCACAUUUAAACAUCGCAUUCCUUUAGAGAAAGUUUCUACAAUUGCCAUUCGUGGAGAAGUUACCAUUCAGCUCAUUGGUUUUGUUGAAAACUGGAUGAGCCCAUAAAUUAAAAUGAGUAAAACACGUACAUGCGGAGGAAGUUCCAGAGGCUGAAAAAAUACAAUCGAGUUUUGCAGCAGUAAUUGUUUAUUUAAUUAUUUUAUAGAUUUCAAAAUUCUCUCUUUAUAUUGUUCAGUUUGCCUUUAAUGUCACCACCUUGAUAUCAUUAUGCUUUGGACAAGCUAUAUAACUUGGGACCUGAUGUGUCUCUACAUUGGACAUUUUACCCACCAGUCUGAUCAACAGAAAAGCCAACAUUUUAAUCCACACUGCCUCAACUUCCUUGUGAAGUUUUGGCCUCUUAAAGAAAAAAAAUGUGGCUUUCAGACUUUCUUGUGAAAUUAUAUAAUGUUUUCACAUGGUCAUAAAAUGAUUUGCUAUUUCCCAUGUAUGUAACAUGUUUUCAACAUUUAUCCAUGAAAUGUCAGGAAAACAAAAACAGGGAUAAAAGGGUAAAACUUUUCACCACAUUCCAAAGUUUCAUUUCAUUCAAUUCAUUUAUCUUUUUAAUCCAUAAUUGAAAUACUUUUUGGAUCAGAUAUUUACUUUACUUUUUUUGGACAAUCUACAAGUUUGCUGUGAGGCCUGCUUGGAUACUUCUCUUAUAAGAGAGCUGAGACACACACACACACACACACACACACACACACACACACACACACACAUAUAUUUGUCUAUGCAAAAAUGCAGAAUGAAGUGAUAAGGCCUUCCAGAAGAUAGAAAUUAGCUUCUGGGCUGAUUUUUGUUGAAGGGAAGCUUGUCUAGCCAACAAGCUACACUGGAAAGGUAUUGAUGCAUUUAAGCUUGCAUUAUGAUUCUCUAUUAGAGAGACUCAAAGGGGGGAUUCAGGGAACAUAAAGUAUCUUUUCCUGUACUUGUCUUAUGUGCUAAGGGGCAAACAUAGGCUAAUUAAUACUUAGUCCUGUUUUAGAUUAAAGAGAACCUUUUUGUGUAGUAUGGUGAAAACAGCUUCUACAUUUGUCAGGCCUUUUUCCUUCUUCUGACUCACUGCUUAAACUGUGCUGAAAUCUUUAUUGGUUUAAUGGAUUUACUGAAUCAUUUUACUGAAUUUCUCUGUUAAUUCGCAAUAAAUAAAAUCUGAAGGUUCAG